AUGUCUGACAACGUCACACCCCCAGCUGAGGAGUACGACAACGCUCCAGCUCAAACCACCGAGGCCGGUGAGUCCCAACCUUCUAAACUUUUUGUCAGACCAAUUGCUUUCGACGUUACCAGAGAACAUGUUGAGGACCACUUCUCCCCAUGUGGCAAUGUCGCCGACAUCCAGUUGAUGCGCGGUUACGCUUUCGUCACCUUUGAGAACCCAGAGGACGCCCAACGUGCUUUCGAGACCUUGGCCAACUCCGACCUUGCCGGUAACGCUUUGCAGCUCGAGUUCGCCAAGCCAAAGAAGGAGGACACCCGUGGUAAGUACCGUGUGCGUGUCACCAAGUUGCCAGACGGAACUGCUUGGCAAGACUUCAAGGACUUUGUCAGAGAGAAGUCCGGCCACUCCCCAACCUUCGCCAAGGUCUUCCGUGAGGAGGAGUCUGGUGAGACCAUCGGUCAGCUCGAGUUCGGUUCUUCCGAGGAGCUCCAAGAUGCUGUUUCUGCUUUGAACGAGGCUGAGUACCAGGACGUCGUCUUGGCUGCUGAGGAGGACACCACUCCAUUUGUUCCCCCACCAAGAAGAGACGGUGGUUUCCGUGGUGGUAGAGGCGGUGGAUUCCGUGGCGGCCGUGGUGGCCGUGGUGGCUUCAGAGACGGUGGCUUCCGUGGUGGCAGAGGCGGCCGUGGUGGCUACAGAGAUGACUUCAGAGGCAGAGAUGACUUCAGAGGUGGAUUCCGUGGUGGCAGAGGUGGCGACAGAGGUGGAUUCCGUGGUGGCCGUGGUGGCCGUGGCGGCCGUGGCGGUUUCGACCGUGGCGACCGUGGCGACAGCUACGAGAGAGACUCUUACGUGCGUGACAGAUCCCCAACCCGUUACUAG